AUGUCUGAGAUAAGGGAGUUGAACCUGGACAACAGUCGGAGCACUACGAUCGAGGGGCUGACCGACGAGUUUGUCAACCUGGAGUCGCUGAGCAUGAUCAACGUCGGACUCACCAGCCUGAAGAACUUUCAAAAGUUGCCCAACCUGAAGCGGCUGGAACUCUCUGACAACAGGAUUUCUGGUGGCCUGCAGUUGUUAGCUGGCUCUCCCAAGCUUCAGCAGCUCACUCUCAGCGGAAACAAAAUCAAAGAUUUGGAAACGCUAGAACCACUCAAAGAUUAUCACAACUUGAAAAGCCUGGAUCUCUUCAACUGUGAAGUUACCAAUAUUGAAAAUUAUAGGCAAAAGGUGUUUGAGUUGAUCCCAAGUUUGAAGUACCUGGAUGGGUACGACAAGGACGAGAAGGAAGCAGAGGAUUCCGAAGCUGAGGACGAGGAAGAAGUGGAGCUAUCAUAG